AUGUCCGACUCAUCCAAGGUCACUGCCACCACUCUUCUUCCGCCCCUUGAUCAGUCAGACGAACUCAAUAUUCUCGCCGAUGCCUUCUUAGCAUCACCUGAAUAUUCCCAAUUACAUUUCGGUAGCCUACAACCUCAGCUGCCUCUAACUUCACCGCUUUCAUCUUCCAAUCCAUAUUCCUCCAUCAAUCCAUAUGAUGACUUUUCUUGGAUCCCGUCAGCAUCGCAGCCACCGGCAGAAACCUCUGGACGGUGCAAGGCAUACGCAGAUGGGCUCAUUCUACCCCAGCCUCUGCCUCAGAUAUAUCCUUCUCCACCACCAUUCACGUGUGCUCCCACGCCCUCCACCAUCACACUCGAGUCAACUCUAUCGCAAUCUAUUCUGUCCGCUGAGCCAAAUCCGCCUCCACCUUCGAGAAACUACGACACAUCGAGGUAUGCAGGUACCCCGAUCCCACGCACCGUCUGUCCCAAUGAGGGAUGCAAGGACAACGGUCCUGCCCACCCGUCUGGUGCACUGAUGUACUUCUUGAUCUGUUUCAUCGACUGGAUUGCUCACUGUCAAGACCGAAUGGUGAGCCACAAAGAGAAGGAAAAGUGUCUGGUAUACAAAACGCUCCUCGCUGACCUUCUUGAACAAGGCCAUGGGGUUGACAUUUCAAAACGCCUUCAAUACCUUUCAAAACUUCAUCCUUUCAAUGUGGGUAGCGCGAUCAUGAAGAAAGCCCGUCCUGAAUACUAUGGACCAAAGGGCGCUGCAGUAUUCCAGGCUACUCUCAAUAAACUCUUGACUAUCGGCUGCUGCCUUAUUGCCGAGGAUCGCAAAUGCAACAUGGAUGAAGCAUUCAAGAUCAUGGUUGCCAGCAGCGAUUCUGGAGAGCUGCUGCAGUCCGUCAGCAGUGACACUGGACAAGACGAGAGAUUCGACGACCUGCUUAUGACAAUCAUGCGAAAGGAUAUCAAGCCUCGUUUAGAUGGCCAUAUCAAUGCACCGGCUCAUCGACGCCAAGGCACUCGACUGCAUUCUGUAGCACAAUCCAACCCGUUGAUGUCAGCCAUCACGGCGUUAACAAGAAGCGGGUAUAACAACCUUUUCUCCUCCUCCUCGAAGCUCAGUUUGCAUGCUGGAACGGGCACGGACUGCAAUGGAACCAAGGCCAGACCUCUAUGGCGGGAGGCUACGGCUCUGUCUAUCGAGGACGGACUACGACGCGCGCGAGGACUACACCGACUACGAGCCAGGACCCCUGCCACUCCCGAAUUGUCUCGCCAGAGCGCCCCGCUCUAA